AUGGUCGACAAGCUCCAACGAAACAUUCCACGAGCUGCCCAAACGCGCGCUCAAUCCAACGUCGUGUCCCACUGGCUACAAGAACUCGGUGCCGUUUGCACCGGUGCCAUCUCCUCCAUCAUCACCGCAGGCGUAAUUGCUUCAGGUGGCUCUGUCGCCUCGACCACAACUGCCGCUUCCCAGCCUCUAACUGCCUCUGCUUCCUCAUCCCAAACAACAUCAAACUCGGGAGGGGGUCUCAUACUCGCAAGUGGCCAGAGCACCACCGGCACAUCUCCUGCUACCACCACUAUCGCUUCGGGUUCCGCUGCUGCUACCACUGGCGAUGGUUUCAUCAUCGUUGGAACCAGCACUGCUGCUACUCUGGGAAGUAACGCCGUGAGAAGUGUCCGUACUCCAUUCGUAGCCCAGGCUAUCGUCAGGCUCUUGGAGCUUCUGCACCUUUGA